GGAUUGAUUGACGUCGUCUUGUCAGAAAUGCCAAUGUAUAAACACGCAAAAUAUUUUGUAACAGAUGCCGGCACAGUUCCACGAAUAGGCCUGUGUAAUUACUUUUCCUUGUACUUCCCUCCCGACGGUUUCUGACGCUAAACACAAAGCAGUAAAGCAGUGCAGCGGAGACGGGCUGCGGCGCUGACUGCUCUGGAAGUUGAAUGUAUUUGCAGCAGGGAGGUGAACAGCAGCAGCGGCAGCUCACUGGUGAAUAGCUCCUCUAUGAACGCCCUUCAGACUGACUUGCCUGUGAAUCACAUUUUCCACCUACAACACUGUACUUCAGGCUGGGCCCCUCCGAAGGAACACAUGCAACAGAACUUUUCUUCACUGAAGCGAGUCGGUCCGCCGCUGCGCACUCAACUGAGCCGUAACACAACGGGAGAGCAAUACAGCAGCUUUAGUCAAGACGUGAAAACUUUCUUUUAAGAGUUUCUUUUGUCUUUUUGGAUGGGAGAUCAUGAGCGAGUAUCGGAAUAAUCGUCUGUUCAUUCCUUUGUCACACUUAACGAGUCAUCCCGGAUGGAGCCGUUGGACUUGGCGAAGCAGCGUGUCUGCCUGGAUCAAUCAUAGUUAUUGAUAUCCCUAGUGAUUAUCGCAGAGUGAGUGAACUGAAAUGGAUCUUCAGGUGGUUGUCUGGCUCUUCUACUGUUUCCUGCUCCCCACUGCGCUGCUAACAGCAUGUUUCUUUCGCUACAACCUGCUGUCGCUGGUUUACUUUCUGUACCUACUGCUGCUGCCCUGGUUCCUGUCUCCCAAUAAACACACCAUCAGAGGUCACACGGGACGGUUCAUCAAAGUGGUAUUCUGUACCAGUCUGCUUUUUGUACUGGCUCAUAUCUGCUUCCAGACAGUACUAUACACAUAUCCUCCUCUCAACAUCAUCAUAGGUGAUAAUUGUUCACAAUGGGACACGAUAACAAGACAUAUAGGACUUUCCAGGCUUCCCUUGGACAAUAUUUGGAGUGUGUUACGCCUUCUAUGUCCUGACCUGGGUGUGUGUGUGGUGGCUUUGCUAACAGUCAUCCUCUGCAGCAGAUUGGUCAGGAACAGAGAAAUGGUAGCUGCUGCCAACAUUACAUCGCUACAAGAUGAUGCAACAGAAAAAAACACAGUUGAGGAGGUGGAAGAUGAGGUGGAAGAGGCAUCAGUGGAUGAAGAUGAAGACGAAGAUGAAGACGAAGAUGAAGAGGAGAGGUCGUUACCUCGUGACCCUAAAGAGGAGGUAUCCACAGCAACCAGAGCCAAGCUGCUGGCUGAGCGUCUGAAGGCCACAGCCCUGAAAGUGCUUAGGGACCUGGGAAGGAUCUUGGCCAUCGGCCUGCUGGCUUUGGCUGGCAUCACACUACCUUCUGCCUUCUCAGCCCUCUACUUCCUGCUUUUCAUCGGCGUGUGCACGUGGUGGGCAUGCCAUCUUCCUAUCAGUCACCUUGGUUUCAAUGCACUGUGUGUAAUGGUGGGCUUCUUCACUUCUGGUCACAUGGUGUGUUUGUACUUGUACCAGAGCCUGCUGGCCCAGGCCCUGUUCCCCCCACACAGUCUGUGGGCCAGACUCUUUGGUCUGAAGGACAUCAUCAUACCAGGAAACUGCUCCUUGCCUUAUGAACUCAACCUUAAUACCACUCAUGAUUGGCCAGUUUAUGUCAAUCCAGGGAUACUGUUUCUUCUCUACAUUACUAUAGCAACUGUUCUCAAGACAGGAUGUCGUGGAACACCGUCCCAGGUUGAUGAGGAGCAAAAACAGGAGAAAGGUGAGGAAGUGGUGGAGUUAAGGUCAUGGAAUCAACAGAAAGAACACUUUGAAGAUGACACACAGCUUAUGCUCCUGUCUAUGGGAAGAGAAGACAGCAGAGGAGGAAGCAUGGCCAGAGAGAGUCAGCCAGAUCUGGGUGUUAGUGGCGCCCCUGCUGGUCAACAGAGUGAAAGUCCAUUUUUCCUACUGGGAAAGGUGGUCAUGCAGCAGAGCUACGUCUGUGCUCUCAUAGCCAUGAUGGUUUGGAGCAUCACAUACCACAGCUGGCUCACAUUUGUGCUGCUGCUGUGGGCUUGUCUCAUCUGGAUCCUGCGUGCAAGGCGGCACGCAGCCACACUGUGCUCUCCAUUCAUCCUGCUCUAUGGCCUGGCUCUGUGCUGUCUGCAGUACGUCUGGGCCAUGGAGCUUCAGCCUGAACUGCCCACCACUGUGGGAACCAUGAGCCUCAAACAACUAGGACUGGACAGAGCUCAAUACCCCUGUCUUAGACUGGGAGCCAUGCUGCUUUUCACUUUAACCUUCUGGCUUUUGGUGCGUCAGUCAGUGAAAGAAAACUUCAGCAAAAAGAGGAAAAUGGCCACAACACUACAGGAAGUCACUACAGGAGAGGAGGGGGCUGGUAAUGAAUCGGUGCUGAAGGUUGUGGGGGGCAUGGUGAUGAGCUGCUAUGCCAAAUACUGGAUCUACGUGUGUGGAGGGAUGUUCAUCAUGGUCUCCUUUGCGGGAAAACUUGUUGGAUACAAGAUCAUCUAUAUGCUGCUGUUCCUGAUCUGCCUCUGUCUGUAUCAGGUGUACUACUCUCUGUGGAGGCGUCUGUUGAAGCUCUUCUGGUGGCUCGUUGUGGCCUAUACCAUGCUGGUGCUGAUCUCCAUCUACACUUACCAGUUUGAAGAUUUCCCUGGGUACUGGAGAAACUGUACUGGUUUCACAGAAGAGCAGCUGGCAGCCAUUGGUCUGGAGACGUUUGCCCUGUCCGAGCUCUUCACCAGUAUUCUGAUCCCUGGCUUCUUCCUGCUGGCCUGUAUCCUGCAGCUGCACUACUUUCACAAACCCUUCAUGAGAAUCACUGACCUGGAGCAUGUCACACCCAUACACAAGAAGAGGACGAGUGAGAGGACUGAACAGACGGAGUCUGGUGAUGCUGGGGAAAACUUUGAAGAGGAAGACAUGGUGACCAACACCGAUGAGGAGUCUGAAGACGAAGUUGAGUUGAUGCCCAGUAAGUGGGGUCUGGUGAUGGAUAGGUUACUGGUUCUGUCCAGAAGGUUCUCUGACAGUCUCGCCAAAGUUCAAGUUUUUCUCUGGAGGCUUCUGGAGCUCCACAUCCUCAAAAUGGUGGCCUUCUUCUCUGUGUGGGUUGCUCUUGACGAGCCUUCUGUGAUGAACCUGGUCUUGGUGGUGUUGUGGUCUCUGGCGAUGCCCUACAGUCGCUUCAGGCCCAUGGCAUCCUGUCUGUCUACAGUCUGGGUGUGUGUCAUCAUCGUGUGUAAGAUGCUGUACCAACUCAGUGUCGUCAACCCUGUUGAGUACUCCAGUAACUGUAGCCGGCCUCUAGCAAAUGAAACCAACCUGUUACCAGAGGAGGUGAACAAUUCUACACUUUACAAGGAGCCGGUGGAUCCAGCCAAAUGGUUUGGCAUCAGGAAAGACGCUACUGUAUUGGGAUACAGCAAGAACCACUUAAUAGUGCUGAUGUUGUUGGUGUUUGAGGCGACGGUGUAUCGUCAUCAGGCCCACCACUAUCGUCAGCUCCAGCGCUCUCCUCCCACCAUCCCUGCUCUGUUUCCCACCGCCUCCAGAGACACUCUAGACAAGGGUCUCAUUCCCUGCUUCAAGUACCUGCUCAACUAUGCCUUCUACAAAUUUGGAUUAGAGAUUUGCUUCCUGUUGACAGUGAAUGUGAUUGGCCAGCGGAUGAACUUCUUGGUGAUCAUCCACGGUUGUUGGUUGGUAGCCAUCUUGGUGAGGCGGCGGCGGGCAGCGAUUGCCAGAAUCUGGCCCAAAUACUGUCUUUUCUUGUCCAUCUUCAUGAUCUACCAGUAUUUACUGUGCUUGGGAAUUCCACCUGCUCUCUGCAUAGAGUAUCCGUGGAGAUGGAACACUCCAGUGUUGAUGAACUCAGCGCUCAUCAAAUGGAUCCAUCUGCCCGAUUUCUACACAGUGCCCAACUCCAAAAACCUCAUAGCGGACUUUGUGCUGCUGCUAUGUGCGUCCCAGCAGUGGAAAGUGUUUGAGUGUGAGCACACGGAAGAGUGGAUGGUCCUGGCAGGAGAGAACACAGACGACCCUGAUCCAAUGGAAGGUCGACUGUUUAACCCAGCACCCAACUACGUCAACUGCAGGAGUUACCUGGACAUGGCUAAAGUCCUGGUGUUUCGUUACCUCUUCUGGUUCGUGCUGUCAGUGGUCUUCAUCACAGGGGCCACAAGGAUUUCUGUGUUCGGACUGGGUUACCUGCUUGCCUGCUUCUUUUUCCUGCUGUUUGGGACCCAGCUAUUGGUCAAACCAUCCAGGACCCGCCUCGCCCUGUGGGACUGUCUCAUCAUCUAUAACGUGGCAGUCAUUAUUUCUAAAAAUAUGUUAUCAAUCUUGGCAUGUGUGUUUGUGUUUGAGAUGCAGCAAGGCUUCUGUUGGGUGAUUCAGCUCUUCAGUCUGGUUUGCACAGUCAAAGGAUACUAUGACCCAAAAGCAGUGAGUGACAAGAAAUGCAGCCUCCCGGUAGAAGAGGCCGGGAUCAUCUGGGACAGUAUCUGUUUCCUCUUCCUGUUGCUGCAGAGGAGAGUCUUCCUCAGCUUCUACUUCCUGCAUGUGGUAGCAGAACUGCAGGCUUCUGCCAAACAGGCCUCGAGGGGGUUUGAGCUCUUCAGAGCCAGUAUCGUGAAGAACAUCAAGUUCCACCAGCAAGCUGAGAGGAAAUCUCUGUCCCAGCUCAAGAGAUCAAUGCAGAGAAUUCGCUCCAAGCAGCAGAAGUACAGAGAUGGACACAAAACAACUGGAGAUCCCAGUGAGAGUCACACUUGUGAGAGCCAGAAAGACAGAAAGAGGUCUCGGAAGAAAGAGUGGCACCGGCCGUGGUUGGACCAUGCUACAGUGCUCCACUCAGGAGAGUACUACCUCUUUGAAUCAGACAGUGAGGAUGAAGAGGAGCUACAGUCUGAAGAGCAGAAACCUCAGAAACAGACUGCCUGUCAGUUGGCAUACCAGGCGUGGGUGACCAGUGUGAAAGCAGCUUUGCGAGAACGUCAGAGACGCCAGAGACAGCUGAGGAGGACUGAGAAUAAAGAGAAAGAGAGAGAAGAAAGAAUGGAGUCCCAAGAGGAGCCUUACUCUGUUAUAGGUUGUGCGGACAACGAUGUGUUUGAGGAUCCUGUCAUUCAGGAGGAGGUGGAGGAGCCGGAGGAAGAGGAGUCAGGUCAUGGUGAGAUGGUUCAGAGGAUCUUGGACAUCCUGCGCUUCUUAUGGGCCAUAAUUCUGGCCAUGGUGGAUGGACUGACUCAGUGGCUCAACCUCCUGACUAAACAGUACAGAGAGACAUCUACUGUUCUGUGCAAUGAACGUUAUUUCAUCAUGCACAAGAUAGAGCAGCAUCCUACAACAGCAGACUCCACAGACGACCAGCUAUCUCAGGGCAGUGAGAGUCCCACACUGGAGACCUUUAUGGAUGAAACUGAUAUAGAAAACUCAACCAAAUACAGCUGCCUGGAGGUGGAUAGCGGUGGUGUGACAGGCCAGUCUACCCCGAGGCCGAGGAUCAGCAGCAUUGGGAACCUCCUGAGCCCAGAACCCCAAUCCAGCAGCAGCAUGGAGCUUUUAUCAGUCCCAUCCAAACAACAUCAUAGACACUCCAGAACAGCCAGCGAGCUGCUGGGAGACAGACAGUUCUUCAUUGAGGAGCUGGAACAGAGCCGAGACUUUUAUACCAACCAGAACCGUCUGCUGAAGCUGCUUUUUGCCUUGUACAAUUUGCUGGCUGCUAACUCGGAGCUAGUCUGCUAUUUCAUCAUCGUGUUAAACAAUGUGGUCAGUGCCUCUGUGAUAUCAUUGCUCCUGCCCAUACUGGUGUUCCUGUGGGCUAUGUUGUCUGUUCCGAGACCAACCAAGAGGUUUUGGAUGACGGCUAUAGUCUACACAGAGGUGAUGGUGGUGGUGAAAUACCUUUUCCAGUUUGGAUUCUUCCCUUGGAACAGUAUUUAUGAGAUGACUCUAAACGAAGACAAACCUUUCUUCCCACCCCGUAUCCUUGGCCUGGAGAAGACUGACAACUACAUCCGAUAUGAUCUUCUCCAGCUGCUGGCUCUGUUCUUUCACAGAUCCCUGCUCAUGCGUUAUGGCCUGUGGGACCAUGAGGGCCCCCUGGAGGCGCAGAGCCCCUCGUCAGAGAGUUGUAAGGAUGAAGGAGAUGAAGAUGGAAAAAGGAAGGAGAAGGAGGAAGAGGGCAGAGUCAGCUCAACAUCCAUUGUGGAAAACCUAGAAGUAGAUGAACUGGACCAGCUGGAAAAGCAUCACCCAAAUACCAGCUCUGCUGCUGCUGCACAUCCUCCUCCAGCUGAACCAGCACCCACCGGGUCCGAAGGUGGACAAGUAGAAACUGCGUCUGGGCUGACAGAGGCAUUAAAUCCUCCAAGUAGCUCAAAAGAAGAUAAGAUGGAGGGAGACCGUGAGCAGGUUACAGAGGAGGUCCCAAAAAAAUCUAGCAGUAUCCGCUUCCGGAGGAAACCUAAAAAGCCCAAACUACAGCGCAACAAAGAGGAGUCAACAGCUGAGACUGCAUAUCCCUGUGAGGAACCGGAGGGGGAGGAGGAGGAGAAGAAGAAGAAGAAGCAGAAAGGCAAGAAGAGAGAGGAAGCAAGUCAAAGAUUGAUGGCUGUUGGAAACAAGAUAGCACAGGUCUUCAUCUCUGGUAUCCAGAGUGUUUACAGGCCAGCUCAGGGGUUCUUCAGGGGUAUUCUCCAUGCUGAGUAUCGGGCUGCCACUGAUGUCUAUGCACUCAUGUUCCUGACUGAUGUCAUCGACUUCAUCAUCAUUGUCUUUGGCUUUUGGGCUUUUGGGAAACACAGUGCAGCAGCUGACAUCGCCUCCACCCUGUCAGAGGACCAGGUUCCUGAGGCCUUUCUGGUAAUGCUGCUCAUCCAGUUCAGCACCAUGAUCAUCGACAGAGCUUUGUAUCUACGCAAGGCUGUCUUGGGAAAGCUCAUCUUUCAGGUGACACUGGUGUUCGGGAUCCAUCUGUGGAUGUUCUUCAUCCUGCCAGCUGUCACUGAAAGGAAGUUCAAUCAGAACUUUGUGGCUCAGCUCUGGUACUUUGUCAAGUGUAUCUACUUUGGCCUGUCAGCCUAUCAGAUCCGCUGCGGAUACCCCACUCGUAUCCUCGGCAACUUCCUCACAAAGAAAUACAACCACCUCAACCUGUUUCUUUUCCAAGGGUUCCGCCUGGUGCCGUUCCUGGUGGAGCUGCGGGCAGUGAUGGACUGGGUCUGGACUGACACCACUCUCUCUCUGUCAAACUGGAUGUGUGUGGAGGACAUUUAUGCCAACAUCUUCAUCAUUAAAUGCAGCCGUGAGACAGAGAAGAAAUACCCGCAGCCUAAAGGGCAGAAGAAGAAGAAGAUAGUGAAAUACGGCAUGGGUGGACUCAUAAUCUUCUUCUUGAUCUGCAUCAUCUGGUUUCCUCUUCUCUUCAUUUCAUUGGUCAGAUCAGUGGUGGGCGUGGUCAACCACCCCAUCGAUGUCACAGUGACCGUCAAGCUGGGAGGAUACGAGCCCCUGUUCACCAUGAGUGUGCAGCAGCAGUCCAUCCAGCCCUUCACAGAGGCUGAAUAUGACCAACUCACCAAAAAGUUUGGAGACAAUGCAGUAGCCAUGCAGUUCAUCACCCUCUACAAUUACGAGGACAUUGUGACGGCCAGGAUUGAAGGUAGCUCAGGAUCAGUAUGGAGGAUCAGCCCGCCCAGCAGACAAGAAGUCAUUAAAGAAUUACUUGGAAGUGCUGACCUAACAUUACGUUUGGCCUGGGCUUUCCAGAGAGACCUGGGUAAAGGUGGAACAGUGGAACACACCUUUGACAAACACUCAAUAGACCUGGAACCUGGAAACCCAGUCAGGGCAGAUCUGGCCUCGCUACUGGUGGGAAAUCGCACUGAGCCUGUGCUUGUUCCCAAUAUGUUCCCAAACUACAUCCGAGCCCCCAAUGGAGCUGAUGCCAAACCAGUCAGCCAGCUCCAAAAAGGCGAUGAUGAUGGUUUCCUGAAUAUAACCCUGUCCCUGAUGAGGGAAGGGUCACUUAAUGGCAGUGGGAACCCAGAGUGGUGGGACAUUGCCAUUGCAGGCUGUGAACCCUCGUCAUGUGGGGUUCUGUCCAUGGUCAUAUUCAAUGACAAAGUCAGUCCACCCAGCCUGGGCUUUCUGGCUGGAUAUGGCAUCAUGGGUCUGUAUGUGUCUGUGGUCUUAGUCAUUGGGAAAUUUGUACGCGGCUUCUUCAGCGAGAUCUCCCACUCCAUCAUGUUUGAGGAGCUGCCUUGUGUGGACCGCAUCCUGAAGCUCUGCACAGACAUUUUCCUGGUGCGAGAGACAGGUGAGCUGGAGCUGGAGGAGGAACUUUACUCCAAACUGAUAUUCCUCUAUCGAUCUCCAGAGACUAUGAUAAAAUGGACCAGGGACAUGCACAGCCAAGACCAAAACAGAUACUGACUGACUGAUCGUGUUUGGUUGUAAAAGAAUACAAUGAUUUGUGAAGCACACUGCAAAGAUGUCUUGAGGACAGCACAUGAAAGGCUUCCUGAGAGUACUCCUAAGCAGACAGACACUACAGACAAUUGAGAGUGGAAUGGCAGUUCUCACUGUGGGUGGACCUGAUGGAAGCUGUAUGUCUGUCCAUGCCCCUGGAAGGCAAAGUCAGCAGUCAAAUUGGGCUGCACUUGUUAAUGUUCAGAGGUUAAGGGUCAAACACAAGCAAUACUUAAUUCAUUGUGUGGCUGAAACCUCAAGAUAAUUGUGGGUAGAACCAUCUGAAGUUACUGUAUCAGUAUGCUGAUUGAUUUGAAACGUGCCAUGCUGUCAAUUAAACAUUUUUUUACUUUUUACAAAGUAAGUUGUUUGACUGUGCAUUAUGAAGCGAGGUUUGACAAAACUAGUAAGAUUUUAAGGACUAUUUUAAGUUAAAUUCACCUAGUCAGAGGUAACCAAAUUCUGAUUAUGCACUUAUGCACUAGGUUUUUUCAGUUCUAGGCCACAACUGCUCCCAAGUUCAGGGAUGAAAAUUGAGACAGGUGAAUGAGAGAGCUGUGGAUCAGAAUACAAGAAGACCAGUUUGCUGAUGUGGUUCCUACUGAUUGCCUUUAGUUGACACUUUAAAGUCUAAUUUCAAUUCGAUUCACUUUUAAAACCAUUAAAAGUGUAUCUAGUAACUGAAAGUGCCUGUGCACUGGCCACAUCCGGUGACUGGUUGCUCCUUUAAAGGGGCAGUACGUAUGAUAUGGCCAGACUUUUGGUUUAAAAUAUUUGAACAACAGUGGUGACUUUAUGUUAAAGACAUCUAUGUACUGUGUUGCAGGGAUGUCUCCCGAAGUUGGCUUGAUAACUAGCUAGCCCCAGCCCAUCCUGUUUAAUAAUACCACUUCGUAAACGAUGGCGGUGUUAGUGUCUUAGCCCCUUUAGUUUCAGCUGGGAGAUGUAUAUGAGUGGCAAGUUCUCUGCUUAAUGUAGUCUAAUAAGUCAACAGAAUAAACUCGUAAAAAUGUCAACAAAGAAAAUAACCUUACAGCCAUUUUUUUCAUGCUAAACAGAAAAAUAAAACUGUACACCAUCUGAAUUCAA